AUGCGUGCAGCCUUAUUGUGGACAGUUAGUGAUUUUCCAGCAUUAGCAAUGGUUUCUGGAUGGAGCACCAAAGGGAAAUUGGCAUGCCCCACUUGUAAUUAUGACACAUACUCUCAAUAUCUCAAGCAUAGUCGUAAGAUGUGUUACAUGGGUCAUAGGAGAUUUUUGCCUUGCGAUCAUCCAUUAAGAAAAGAUAAGAAAUCAUUUAAUGGUCAGGAGGAGCAUAGACCUGCACCAACUCCUUUGUCGGGUCUAGAGGUAUUUGAAGAGCUGCGUGAAUUCAACAAUGUGUAUGGAAAGGGAAAAAAAAGGCCUCGGGAUAAUAAGGAUGGAAAGUCAAAGGAUCAUGUAAAUUCUCGCUAUCACUUACAAGAAAUGGGGAUACGGAAGGAGCUACAACCAAUAGAAGAUGAUAAUGGUAGUUUAAGUUUGGCUCGAGCUUGUUUCUCCAUGAAGCCAGAACAGAAAUGGUUGUUUUGCACAGUCAUAAAAAAUGCCAAAUUACCAAAAGGGUGUGCUUCAAAUAUAUCACAUCGUGUGCAAGUGAAGGACAUGAAAAUAUCAGGGUACAAGAGCCAUGAUGCUCAUUUUAUAAUGCAUUACCUUCUCCAAGUUGCUGUUAGAAAAGCUUUUCCCAAGAAUGUUUCGCUGACCUUGAUUAGAUUGGAAGCAUCAAUAGCAGAGGGGUUCCUGGCUGAAGAGUGCUUUACUUUUUGUUCGAGAUACCUACACGAUGGCGUGAAGACAAGAUUUAGUAGGUACCAAACUGAGGAUGACGAGUGCCUUCAAAAUUUGUCACCUAUAUUCCCUAACAUAGGUCAUCCAAUAGGAAGAGAGAAGAAAAAGAGAAACACUUUUCUUAUGGAUUCACAAUCCAAAGAUGAAGCACAUCGGUAUGCUCUGUUCAAUACUGGAGAUGAACAAGUGGAGAAGUUAAUUGAGGAGCAUAAGAAUUUGAUGGGUAAUCAUACUAGAUCAAAUGCCUGGAAAGUUGAAAAUGUUGAAGUGCCAGAUUAUUUACGAGGGCUAGCUCAAGGGCCUAAUUCGGUGGCUAAAAGAUAUACUGCAUAUUUUAUUAAUGGAUACCUAUUUCAUACGAAAACCCGAGAUGCACCCCGCAAGACUCAAAAUAGCGGAGUGACUUUAUCAGAAACAACUGAUAGUUUUGCUAAUGCUAGGGACCAGAAUCCCAUUGAUGGAGAGGUAUACUUCAAUAGAUUAUGCAGUACAAAUGACCCUUAUGUGUUAGCAUCGCAAGUUCAUCAGGUUUUUUAUGUGGAGGAUCCAGCUGAAAAGAGAUUACUUGAUGUUGACAAUGGCACGUCAAGAGAAGACAUGCCUGUUGAUGUUGUUGACGUGCCAAUUCAUACACAAGAUUUAGAAGAAACAAUUAGAGAAUCAUCAGAAGAGGAGGAUGACAUUGAUGAUACUGAUUGGGAUUGGAUGGAAGAGGAUGAUUAA